AGCAGUUUGAGUCUUCUCCAUUGACUUGCCUAUCGCUCCGUUCUGCGAUCUUCCGCUGGAAUUGCAGAGAACGAUGGAGAUCUCUAAAAGUUGGCUCAGUUCUCUUUUUUUUGUAGCGGUUUUGAUGGGGUUGGUGACUUCUUCCGGGGCUUAUGUUUUCUACGUCGGCGGGAGAGAUGGUUGGGUGUCCAAUCCUUCGGAGAGCUACGACAGCUGGGCUGGGAGGAACAGGUUCCAGGUUAAUGACACACUCGUGUUUAGAUACAAAAACGGGACGGACUCUGUUUUGGUGGUGACGAAGCAGGACUACGACGCAUGCAACGUGAGUAAUCCGAUCCAGAAGUUGGAGGGAGGCGAUUCGAUGUUCAAUCUCGGCCGGUCGGGACCGUUCUUCUUCAUCAGCGGCGUCCCGGACAACUGCCGGAAGGGCCAGAAGCUGGUGGUGGUGGUGUUGGCUGUUAGGAACGGGGGGAAACCCAGCCCAUCGCCGCCGUCCCCUCCACCGGCUGCUGUCUCACCGUCACCAUUAGCUCCCUCCGAGCCCCCCACGUCUUCUCCUACCUCGUCUCCUCCUCUUCCGCCAUCUCCUUCUUCCUCUGCUUCGCCUUCUCCUUCUCCCUCUGCCCCAUCUCCGGCAUCCAUCUCCCAGUCUCCUUCUCCAUCACCUGCUCAUUCACCAUCCCCUUCUUCUUUCACUUUAACUCCAGCCAGCGCUCCUACUCCAACAGCAGAGCCACCCAAUUCAGGUUCUCCUGCCUCUGCCCCAUCUCCGGCAUCCAUCUCCCAGUCUCCUUCUCCAUCACCUGCUCGUUCACCAUCCCCUUCUUCUUCCACUUUAACUCCAGCCACCGCUCCUACUCCAACAGCAGAGCCACCCAAUUCAGGUUCUCCUCCUCCUCCUCCCCCCAGCUCCCCUAGUGGAACCCCAUCUGGUCCAGAGUCAUCUCCGUCGCAGUCUGUGUCUCCUCCAAGCCCCUCCUCCUCCUCUAUCGUGAGUGCAUCAAGUAUCACCCUUGGACUGAUUGCCAUGAUCCUUGGCGGUGCCCUUCUCCACUAAUUCCAUGGAUUGAUUCACCAAAUUGCUCAUGUUCAUGGAGUUUGGCACAUUCUUGUGGAUGUCGUAUCUCCGUUAUGUGUUCUUUGUAGGGUGUUGAAAGCACAGCGGGUGGUGUUGUGUACCGACAAAGAGGAUACGGAUACUAUUGUUUGGGUCUCGUAUACGAAUAAAGGAGGACAUGAACGGUGAAGUUUAUUGUGAAUGAUUCAUGUUGGUGUUUAGCAAUUA